UGUGUUGCAGGUUUUGACCGGGGCAAAGAGGACCUGCUGCCACUGCCACUGAAGGAGGACUCCGCACAAUCCAUCUCCAAAAGCAAGUCUGAAACUAAGCUGUACAAUGGCUCCGACAAGGACGUGCCCACGUCCGGAGGGAAGCUCACCAAGAAGGAGUCGCUUAAGGUGCAGAAAAAGAACUACAGGGAGGAGAAGAAGAGAGCCACCAAGGAGCUCCUCAGCACCAUCACAGAUCCCUCCGUCAUAGUCAUGGCCGACUGGCUGAAGAUCCGUGGCACCCUGAAGAGCUGGACCAAGCUGUGGUGCGUCCUGAAGCCGGGCGUCCUGCUCAUCUAUAAAACUCAUAAGAACGGCCAGUGGGUCGGCACCGUGCUGCUCAACGCCUGUGAACUCAUCGAGCGGCCGUCCAAGAAAGACGGGUUCUGCUUCAAACUCUUCCACCCGCUGGAGCAAUCCAUCUGGGCUGUCAAGGGUCCGAAAGGAGAGGCUGUAGGUUCCAUCACUCAGCCGUUACCCAGCAGUCACCUCAUCUUCCGCGCAGCAUCAGAGUCUGAUGGCCGGUGCUGGAUGGAUGCUCUGGAGUUGGCUCUCAAGUGUUCCAGUCUGCUGAAGAGGACGAUGAUCAGGGAAGGGAAGGAGGACAUGAGUGCCACCACGGCCGGAGAACAUUCCAUCAACUUCUACAGCCUCCUCCGAGCCCACAACAUGCAGGGCUUCCAGUUCAACGACGGUGACCAGUUCAAGGACCCGGACCUGUACUCUGACAAGUCGGACCGGGAGGGCGAGCAGGACCACGAGGAGUCGGACCCGGAGGGUCUGGAGAAGAGCGAAGAGAGCGACUCGGACACGUCGGAGCGUCAGGACGACUCGUAUGUGGACCUGGACCCCAACGAGACCCUGACAGAGACUCCAUACAUGGAACAGUCCCAUGAGGAACUGGGAGAGGCAGGCGAGGCGUCGCAGACAGAGACGGUGUCGGAGGAGAAUAAAUCUCUGAUCUGGACUCUGCUGAAGCAGGUGCGGCCCGGCAUGGAUCUGUCCAAGGUGGUUCUGCCCACCUUCAUCCUGGAACCUCGCUCCUUCCUGGAUAAGCUCUCGGACUACUACUACCACGCCGACUUCCUGUCCGAGGCUGCAGUGGAGGAGAACGCCUACAACCGCAUGAAGAAGGUGGUGAAGUGGUACAUCUCUGGGUUUUACAAGAAGCCAAAGGGGCUGAAGAAGCCCUACAACCCCAUCAUCGGAGAGAUGUACCGCUGCAUGUGGCUUCACCACAAAACCACCAGCAAGACCUUCUACAUCGCUGAACAGGUAUCCCAUCACCCCCCGGUGUCGGCGUUCUACGUCAGCAACAGGAAGGACGGGUUCUGUCUCAGUGGCAGCAUCCUAGCAAAGUCCAAGUUCUACGGAAACUCUCUGUCGGCCAUAUUGGAUGGAGAGGCUCGCCUGACUUUUCUCAACCGAGGCGAGGACUACGUCAUGAACAUGCCCUACGCCCACUGUAAAGGGAUCCUGUAUGGGACCAUGACCCUGGAGCUGGGCGGGCAGAUCUCCAUCACCUGUGAGAAGACAGGGUACAGCGCCCAGCUGGAGUUCAAACUAAAGCCUUUCCUCGGUAGCAGUGAUAGCGUCAAUCAGGUGUCGGGGAAAAUCAAACUGGGAAAGGAGGUUCUGGCCACGUUGGAGGGACACUGGGACAGUGAGAUCUUCAUCAAUGACAAGAAGACGGGCGUCGUGGACACAUUCUGGAAUCCGACGCCGGAGCUGAGACAGAGCCGGCUGACCCGCUGCACCGUCCCGCCGGAGGAGCAAGGAGAGUUCGAAUCCGAAAGGCUGUGGCAGCACGUGACGCGGGCCAUCAACAGCAAAGACCAAACCGAGGCCACCAACGAGAAGUUCCUCCUGGAGGAGGUGCAGCGCAAAUCGGCCCGUGAGCGCAAGGCCAAGUGUGAGGAGUGGAUCCCGGCGCUGUUCGAGCAGGACUCGGUCACCGGCGAGUGGCAUUACAGAUAUGCCGAUACUCGGCCGUGGGAUCCACUUAACGACCUGAUCCAGUUUGAGAAAGACGGCUGGAUCCAGACCAAGGUCCGACACCGCACCCCUAUGGUGACAGGUCCUAAGAGGAAACAUAAGCAGGGAGAGAUAACCAAGAGUCCAGAGAGCGGCUGCUCCUCGCCAGAACCCGACCGACACGACUCCUCCGGGAGUGAACGGCAUAAAGGUAAACAUGGCGGCCGUCUGAAGAAGAGAGGAGCAGACCUCAGCGAACUACAAAGUGCCAUUGAUUCCAUAAAAAAGACGCAGGAGGACAUCAACAGGAGUAUCAGCGUGCUGCGGAGUCGUGCAGGAAGCCAGGCGGCAUCAGACGGUGGCUUCUUCCUCCAGCAACGCGACUACAUCAUCAUCAUCAUCCUCGUCUUCCUUCAGGUCCUCAUCAACCUCCUCUUCAAGUAGCAGCCAUGACCGAACCUCCACCCUCGGCCCGUCUCCAUUCCAAGCAGACACACUGGGAAUAUAAGGUGUUGUGAUGGAGAUCUCAAAAUUUGAACUUUGACCCCCUCAUAAUAUGACCACAUCUGUCUCCUCCCAUUCUGUCUCUAUUAACUCCAACAGCGCCCUCAAGAGGGCAACAGUGUAACGUGUACUUGAACAUGGGCGCUCCCCGGACACAAAGGGGACAUUUUUUAACCUCUUAUUUAUUAGACGUUUUUUUUACCUGUUUCUGCUGAUAAAGUCACAACCUGGUGAGUUUCCUCACAGAGGCGCGGCGCGGUUCUGCCAUACUGGAUGUCGUCCUCCUGCCCUGACGAAACCCAGUCCCGAGGUUUGCAGCUACGUGUUCUUGCUUUUGAGUUUUAUUUUUGCUUUAUGUCUUUUAUUGUUGUUGGUUUUCCAAAGGACUGAAAUUGAGUGUCUCAAUUCACAUUUCACCUCAUUCCCAAACUCCUGGGAACAUUUUAACACAGUGACUUCUCCUGACUCCACCUUUAAUAGCAACGUCUUUUUUUAACGUUUGUUUGUCGUGUGUGAGUAGAGCUCUGCUUGACAAGAAAGACUGCAUAUGAGAGAGGAAAGAAUGAAGAGUUCCAAUAAUAUAGGAUUUUCUUUAUUUUGAAUUAUUCUCAAACAUUUUAAUGUUUGUCUUGACUUUUCUGAGUGGUGGAUGACGGAGGUGGCAGUUGGUUUUAAGAAAUCCAGAUUGUAACAGAUUAACACAACACAUCUCUUACGUGGUUUGCAGAAGAGGUCAGUGUAAAAAUGUAAAUGUAGUCUCGGUGUACACGCAGCCUUUACAGCUACGGGAGCCCGCUGUGGACAACAGCCCGCCUCUGACGUCCCCAGGCUCGAACGCACUGGAAGCGGCCGGCGUGCACGGCGAGCCGUCCAGACCACCGCCAGAACCUCCGUCUGACGCUGCUGAGCCCAGUCCUGUUAUUUUGAGUGUCGGCAGAUGAGAAAGUAAAAAAAAAAACAGCAGAUUUUCCUGGAAUUUAUGAAAGGGUGGUGACCUUUGACCUCUCCCAGAGCAAACUAAGGUGGACUGAACGUGUUUUCAGUGAUGGUGUUUCUGUUGAGGAGAAACCAAAGAUGUUUUGAUCCAAACUUAAACACUCACUACCAGGUCCGCGGCGGUGUAGCGGUCUAAGCGUCGGCUUUGUGUCGAUGCAGUGUCCCACUGGGGACCGGGGUUCACGUCCCGGUCUCGUCACAUCCGACUAUGGCCGGACUCGAUGAAGCAGCAAUAAC